UCUCUAUUUCGAGCUUCUGGCAGUACAGCUCGUCUCGAGAGGUGCCAUCAUUGUAAUUGGCACUGCCUCACGUGAGGACGCGUAUCAGUAACCCCUUGAAAUUCAUAAGUAUCCUACGACCCUUCAUCACUUCUUCAGCCAUGUCAACCCAAGUGUUGACUGACUAUGUUAUCAGCGAGACUGCAAUUAUUCACUCUACAGACCUCGCCUUCGCCUCAGCGGCUCUGAUUGUCUACGACCAUGUAAUAACGUUUGACCAGGAGGUGGAUCUGUUUUGGACCGGUCGACGAGAUGCAACAAAAUUCCUCUAUCUCAGCAUACGAUAUUUGGGAUUAAUUCAAGCAUUUAUUUCAGUGUACCUGCACUUUCUUGUCUCCAAACCUAUCAUAUUGCUUGUUGGGAAUGCCGCGUUGAUAACUCUAGGUGCGGCGCUGUGUCAAGCUGUCAUCGCUCUCCGUGUUUGGUACCUUUUUACGAGGAACAGGCAAAUACAAAUAUUUGCUGCGUCGCUAUACAUCGUGUGCAUAGGCUCGACCAUGGUGUUAACUGGCUCUCUCUUCGAUCAAAUUUUUCAGGAGAUGUUGCAUCCGAGUUUUACCAAGAGCCCGACGAUUCUCGCCCUUGUGUAUGCGCCUGGCUUUGUAGACCAUAGCGUGCUUUUUGCCCUCAAAGUAUAUAGGUAUAUGACGAGCGACCGAUUUCAGAGACGCUCCUCGCUUCUAGAAGGUUUUUUAAAAGAGGGAUUGAUCAUGUAUGCAUGCGCAACGGGCACGCUACUGUACACAAUCAUCGCUCUUUCAUUGACCGACCUUUCGCAACUAGAUGUUUACUUCACAGGUCUAGAGGGCGGCCUCGUCGUCGGUGCAACCCUUGUCUCCGUCUGCCACGCGUUACUCAGCAUUCGAUCUUUGUCUGCGACGCUUCACGUAGAUCCGGCGUGGCUCCUCAACCACGCAGAACUCAGUCGUGUCCAAUGGACCAAGGGAAACAGCGAAGGCGAGAUUUUUGUCGAGCUAGACCGUUCCGGCGCCACGGAACUCCCCAUGACGAAUAUUUCUCACACACUGGCUCCAGAUGCAGUAUCUUCGAGUGGCAGCAACUUCGAUGAUCUAGGCACUCCCACGAAGAGCUACAAUAGAUUAUAGCUAUACGCUUUUAGUAUACAUUGCUGCACUGCAUCGAUACCUUGAUGAAAAUAGGGUUUAGCGGAUGUGCGCUGAUCCAGUGAUUUGCGCAUUACUC